AUGAAGCCACCCAUGCAGGAGAAUUUGGAGGACGAUCUCGCUGCAGAAGAGGAGAACAAGCUCAUCAACGAGGUAUUUUCCCCUAUGAUUACGAUACCCAUAUCAACAUUGACUGCACCGUAUGCUGUGUCGUCUUCAUGUUCACGUACCCUGUGCAGGAAGAAGAACGCACCAUACCUGUACGAUGUUGUUAUCACACAUGCCCUUGACUGGCCAAGUCUGACGUGCCAGUGGUUCCCCGACAAAGAGUCACCCGCGAACAAGCCCUAUACUGUCCACCGCGUCCUCCUUGGCACGCACACGUCUGGGCAGGCGCAGGACUACCUCCAGAUUGCGACUGUUCAUCUCCCUAAGCGCGACGACAGCUCCUCCGCCGACCGUCUCGAUCGGAGUGAAUACGACGAUGAGCGUGGCGAGCUCGGUGGUUACACCCUGCCCCAAGCACCCCGUGUCCAGAUUAUCCAGCGCAUCAACCAUGAGGGCGAGGUCAACCGCGCGCGUUACAUGCCUCAGAAUCCCGACCUGAUCGCGACUAAAGCCGUCUCCGGAGAAGUGCUCAUCUUCGAUCGAACGAAGCAUUCCAGCGAGCCAGAGCGUGGCGGGGUUUGCAAACCGGACAUCCGGCUCGUCGGGCAAACCAAGGAGGGCUAUGGCUUGGCUUGGAAUCCUCUGAAGAGCGGCCACGUUCUUGGCGCCUCAGAGGACACGACAGUGUGCUACUGGGACAUCAAUUCCUACUCGAAAGCGAACAGUACUAUCGAGCCUACAAGUGUGUUCAAGGGGCACACGUCUGUUGUUGGUGACGUCGACUGGCACCCAACAGAAGACUUUACCUUCGCGAGCGUCGGAGAUGAUAAGAAGCUCAUGUUCUGGGACACUCGUAAGGGCUCAAAACCUACCGCAGAGCUGCAAGCACACGACCGGGAGAUUCUCGCCGUUUCAUGGACACCUAACGUCUCGUGGCCGCAUCUCGUUCUCACUGGCAGCGCUGACAAGACGAUCCAUAUGCACGAUACGCGUAAGCUAGGACACCCUGUGCACGUUUUCGAGGCGCAUACGGAUGAAGUCCUUCAUCUGUCAUGGUCACCGCACAACCCAACGGUCUUUGCCUCCGCAUCUAGCGAUAGGCGGAUAAACAUUUGGGACCUGUCACAGAUCGGGGUCGAGCAGACCCCUGACGACCAGGAGGAUGGUCCACCGGAACUACUCUUCGUCCAUGGAGGUCACACUGCCCGUCCAACAGAUUUCUGCUGGGCACCAGGUGUAGAUGAGAGCUGGACGGCCAGCAGUACCUCCGAGGAUAAUAUCAUCAUGAUCUGGCAGCCCACAAUGCGCAUCUGGGCUGGGGACGAGGUUAAGAUUGACGAAACGGAGCUGGAAGGCGAGGCCAUGGAAGGCAUCGAACCUGUUGAUGGCGGUACAGAUGGAGAGGCAGGUCCCUCGGCUUGA